GGGGAAGAGGUUUGUACAGGGUCCAGGUCCAGCAGUGUGUUUUAUUCCGGGACGAGACAGGGGCUUCGGGUCCACCCUACGUUUCCUUUCUUUUUUUUAAAUUCCAUUUUGAAAGCAAAGGAAAGAGAGAGAGAGACAGAGAGAGACAGAGAGAAAGAGGAGAAAAAAAAACAACAACAACAACAACAACAACAAAAAUGAGCUUUUUCAGUUUUGGGCAAAGUGCAGAAAUUGACGUUUUGCUGAAUGACGCCGAGACCCGCAAAAGAGUGGAGCACAAGACAGAGGACGGGAAGAAGGAUAAGUACUACCUGUUCUACGAUGGGGAGACCGUCUCCGGGAAACUGAACGUCACUCUGAAAAACCCCGGGAAAAGGCUAGAACACCAAGGGAUUAAAAUCGAGUUCAUAGGGCAGAUCGAGUUAUACUAUGACCGAGGGAAUCACCAUGAGUUUGUGUCUCUGGUAAAAGACCUGGCCCGACCUGGUGAGAUGACACAGUCCCAGACAUUUGACUUUGAGUUUACACAUGUAGAAAAGCCUUACGAAUCGUAUACUGGCCAGAAUGUGAAGUUACGAUAUUUUCUAAGAGCAACCAUCAGCCGUAGGUUGAAUGACAUUACAAAGGAGAUGGACAUUGUCGUUCACACCCUCAGUACCUACCCCGAGAUGAACUCGUCCAUCAAAAUGGAAGUUGGGAUUGAAGACUGCCUGCACAUUGAAUUUGAAUACAACAAGUCAAAGUACCAUUUGAAAGAUGUAAUUGUGGGAAAGAUCUAUUUUUUACUGGUUCGAAUCAAGAUCAAGCAUAUGGAGAUUGACAUCAUAAAAAGGGAAACUACAGGAACUGGACCAAAUGUGUUUCAUGAAAAUGAUACAAUAGCAAAGUAUGAAAUCAUGGAUGGAGCCCCAGUCCGAGGCGAGUCCAUUCCAAUCAGGCUUUUUCUGGCUGGAUAUGAGUUGACUCCAACUAUGAGGGAUAUCAACAAGAAGUUCUCUGUUCGAUACUAUCUCAAUCUCGUUCUUAUUGAUGAGGAGGAAAGGCGAUAUUUCAAACAGCAGGAAAUCACUUUGUGGCGAAAAGGGGAUAUUGUUCGAAAGAGUAUGUCCCAUCAGGCAGCCAUUGCAUCACAACGUUAUGAAGGGUCGGCAAAUACUGGAAACAAACCUUCAGUACAAAAUCAGGAUGCAGAUAACUAGUCCCUUUUUUGUCAGAGUCUAGGCAGCUAGAUUAAUAACAUAACCUACAAAAAAAAAAAAUCAGUGGCGGAGAAAUGAGUUUGUUUCAAGUUGACCCAAUUCCCUUCAGAAGACUUCUUUGGAACAAGAGAAGGUGGGACUGAAAUUUAUACAGUAGCCCUUGUUUUACCAUCGAGUUAAUCCAGAUUUUUGUUUUACAUUAAAUAUGUGGUGGAGCAUACAAUACCAAGUGAAGCUUAAAGAGUCAAGAAGUCCAGGUUCCAUUAUUGUAUUGUUGUUCAAGCACAUGCAGUUUUUUGUCCUAUCAUGAAGAGCAUCUGAAUCCAGCACUAGUUUAUCAGCUUAUCAAUCGUUUUUUUUUAAUAUGAAAAAUUAGCCAUUUCCUUUGAAAGGAUUUAACAUUGGGUUAAUCCUACUUUGAUCAAACAUUGAUAUCUGCUUACCCACCCCAAAUUGCACUGAAUUCUGUUCUACACUCCACAUCUCAUAUUAAAUUCAGCCAUUAUUGUCUCUUCCUCCCCACCCACCACACCCCAACCCACCCUAGCACAUGAUAUAAUUAUUAUAUCUUAAUUGUGCUUUAAAACUGAAUUACCUGAAUGUUUCCAUUAUUGAUGCAUGCAAUGUUUUUGGGUGUUUCUAUACAUUUGUCCAAAAUGUGUCGGUUCUCUAAACGUUUUAAAGGUGGGUAUACUUUGUAUAAAAAAUUACAUUAAUGGAAAUUCUUUUUUCAGCAUAAAUAAGUUCGGAGUAUAAAAUUAUAGAAUCUUGCAGCACAGGAAGAUGACAUUUGGCCCAAUUGUGCCUAUGUUUGCUCUUUAAAAGAGCUGUCCUAUUAGUUCCAAUCCUCUGCUCCUUCCCCAUAGUUCUGCUAUUUUCUCCAAUUCAAGUAUUUAUCAAAUUUCCUUUUGUAAGUUACUGUUGAAUCUGUUUUCAGUACCUUUACAGGCAGUGAAUCCCAGAUCACAGCACAUCCCUCUGAUAGAGUAGUGUGUUUAUUUUUCCCUAGUAUAAACAUGAAAAAUGUGAUUAUACUUAAAAUUUUGAUGAUAUAGAAACAGUUUUGAGUGGAGAAUUUCAAUAUGCUCAUUUUCCUCUGUAAAAAUCAUGAUCAAAUGUUAACGUUCCAUAUCACCAUCUUAUUCCAAUAUGCCAUUUUAAUGCUGCAGACAUUUUACUCCAAGCAGGAUAGUUAAUGGUAUAAAAUAUGUGUGAUGUAUUUGUCAGAACAUAAAUGCAAGAUCUGGGUAGGCUCAAAGAAGCACACAUGCUGAAGUAAGAUGGGAUUUUCACCUGAGAAGUAAUGUCCAUUUUACAUCAAUGGAUGUGUUUUUAGUGUUUGUAGUAAAUAGGCACUAUUUUUAAGCAGAAAUUACACUAGGAACUCAAUUUAAGAAUAUAAUAGAUUAGUGUUUAACAUCCUAAAAUUCACCCAUAUUUAUAAUCAUUUUAAAAUCAGCUAAAGUCACUGCAGAUGGGGAAGAUUAAAAUUGUUUCCAACCACAUCAAACAAUCCGAAGUAGUAUUAACUUUGACUUUCUAUCCUGCAAAAAGAUUUUAGUUUCUCGACAUUUUUUGAUUAUUGGUAUUUUAUUUGAGGUUGCACAUUUAAAAGUGGGUACUUAAGUAUCAUUAUCAAAUACUUUAAAAAUCCGAGAUGGUCUAAAAGAACAUGUAGCCCUACAAAGCAUUUCUUAAAGGACAGAUGAUCUGAAGCUAUUAUUCAAAAUGUGUACACUCUAGGAAAAAUGAUGCCGUAUUAAUGAUUGGUAUGGGGUACCCCAAACAAAUAAUUGAUUUUAUAAAUGACAUUCUCUAUUUUUGUUAGUAACUAUGGGAUGGUGUUCCAUUCGUGUUUCCAUUAUUAAUGAAGGGAUUUUUAUAAUCAUGAAAACUUGUGGAAAAUGAAACUGUGAUCUAAUAAUCUGCUUAAAUAAUAGGUACUACAUAAUUCCAAGUAGGCUUCCAAAUGUAACAAGUGCUUCCUCUAGUCUCAGUCAACAAUACAAGGUACAAACUUCAUAAUCUGCUAGUUAACAGAUCAAUGCUGAAGACUACUAGACAUUUGAAUCAGUCAUUCAGGUUUAGGAGUUAUGUUAGUCCUCAGCUGUGUUGCUUAAUCAGAUGUAAUACCAAUGCUAGCCACCUCUGCCCAGAAGGGAAAUGAAUAAUGUGCCACCCUAAAUAAAAAGGGAGCCACUUGGCAACUGAAUCACAGAAUCAUAGAGCACAGAAAGAGGCCAGUUGGCAAGUGUGCAAGAUGGAAAACUCAGUAGAGCAACACCUCUUGAUUCCAAAACAUGGAGCCACUUUGAUGGAAAAGCCGAUAGCCUAGUUUGGAGUCAUGGUUUUUGGGAAUAAAAUGCUCUUGGUGAGGAAUUUGACUUUUUGCAGGGUGAGAAUGGAGAUUAAUACCAUAAAUGCCACCGUAAAGUCUUUGUAUGAAAAAGAUAUGUUUUACAUUCUUUCUGUAGCGUACUGUAACUUUAAACAUCUUUAAUUGCAUCUCUAAAGUCCCUCUCAUGUUCAAUGUCAGUCAGUCUAGUUCUGCAGAAGGCAUCAUAAGUUUGUCUUCAGACAUUUUUGUUUGUAAACUGAAUUACAAAACAAUGGCUUUGUCUUAAUAUAAAGGUGCAAUUUGAAGUGGAAAAUAUUUGAAUGUGUCUCAGUAAUGAUAUAUCUGCCAAAAAGAUAUUUCAGUAUUUUUAAACUCUCCAUACAUUUUCUGAUAAAAGAAUCAAUUGUUUUAUGUUUAUUUUGAAGUAUAAGUUAUACUGCAAUAGUUUACUAACCUGGUGGACUUGCUCUGUGUCAGCAUUAACAGCAGAAAAUUAACUAACUGAUUACUUCAUUCCAGAAUCAUAAUUAAUUUUACAGAUUGUUGCACUUAUAACAGUUGUCACCUGUUGCAUCAUAAAAUGUAAUGUCACUUCAAUUGAAAACAAUAAUCCAAUUUAUUGCUAACAGUUUGAAAUCUUGGAUAUAAAUUCUGAAAUUGUAUUGGG